AAUAAAUAUCAUUAUAUGUAAUCGUGGUAAACUUGUGCUUUGUCUGGAGAAUUGAUAGAGACUCCAGUUAUAUCAAAAGUGAGUGGACAUAUUUAUGAGAGAAGAUUAAUAGAAAAGCAUAUUGAAAGUACAGGUACAUGUCCAAUAACAGGAAGACCUUUAAAUUUAGAAGAUUUAAUUGAAGUAUACAAAAACAUGAUAAAUUAUAGGUGAAAGUAUCAAAAGUAUAGAAACCAAGACCAGUAACAGCAACAUCAAUACCAUCUUUGUUAUCAUUAUUAUAAAAUGAAUGGGAUGCAUUAUUAUUGGAAUAAUUUCAAUUAAAAUAGCAUUUAGAAUAAGUGAGACAUGAAUUAACACAUGCAUUAUAUUAGCAUGAUGCUGCAUGUCGAGUAAUAGCUAAAUUGAUUAAAGAGAGAGAUUAAGCUAGAAUAGAAUUGGUAUAAUUAUAACACAAAUUAAAUCAUAAAAUUGAUGUUGAACAAAAUAAUGUUCCAGAGAAGUUUUCCUCAGAUUAUUUAACUGAAAUAGAAGAAAAUGCACUUAAAUUAACAAAUUAAAGAAAACUUUAGAGGAAAUAAUAAUCAUAUUUUGAUUAAUUUCCAGGAUCUGAAGUAUAUAAAUCUUCAUUAUCUAGGUACUUUCAAACUAUGAUGUAAAAUAAUAGUACUAAUCAAAUUAAGGAGGUACUGCCUUGGAUACAUAAGGUGAUUAUUUAUUAGUUGGUGGAUUAGCAGGUUAAGUCUUUUUGUAUUCACAUGAUAAAUUAGUUUAUUAAGUGUAAGAACACACAUAAACUAUUACAUCAGUGAAUUUCUUUAAUUAUGAUGAACAUCUUAGAUUCAUUUCUUCUUCAUAAGAUGGAAACCUUAAAAUUUAUUAAUUUAACACUUAAACACAGGAAGGCUAAGUAACUCAGACGAUAAAUAUUGGUUAAAGUGUAACAGGAAUAGCUAUUCAUCCAGUAGCACAUAUUGCCAUAAUAGUAACUAAUAAUGGAAUAUUGGCAUAUUAUAAUUUAAAAAAUGGAUAGUAAUUAAGUAGAGUAACUGAUUUUGAAGGCUAAUGUUAAUUUACUUCAGUAUCUGUUCAUCCAGAUGGAUUGUUAUUAGCUAUAGGGCAAGCAGAUUCUUAAAUUAAAGUUUGGAGUAUUGUAAAAGGGUAGAUGUUGGCAUAAUUAGAAGGAUAAGAUGUAUUAAUUAUAUAUAAUAAUAUUAUUAGGGAGCUGUUACUAAUCUAACAUUUUCUGAGAGUGGAGCUACUUUAGCUUCAAGUAGUAAUUCUGAAGUUAAUGAAUGGGAUUUAAGACGUCCUGGUUAAUUCUCUAAAAUUUAUUAAGGCUAAAAGAUUGGUUAUUAUUAAUAUUUAUUUUAGGUGGGUUAUCAUAUGAUCCAUCAGGAUAAUUUCUAACAUUUGGUUCAAACAAAACUAUUCAUUUUUUUGAUGUUAAAAAAAAAUAAGAAUUCUGUAGAAUUGAAAGUCAUAGAGAUCUUGUUACUGGAAUUAAGUAUUUGUUUUGUUAUUAAUUUUAAGAUUUGCAUAAUUCAGCAAGAACAUCUAUAGUUGCAGUCUUGAUAAAUUAGUAAAUAUCUAUGGUAACUGAGCAGUU